CCUUAGUCUUACCAUUGGAUUGUCUGCAACAAUGAUGGAUAUCAAAACCAUUGACAUGUCAUGUUCUGACAAAACCAUGAAAGGAAGAAAAGCCCCACCAAGUCAUUACACGUUUAAAAUCAACUCCUUCUCAUGGUUGCCCAAGGCCUCGGUUAAAAAGUGCACCUCGGAAGAAUUUGAAGCAGGAGGUUAUAAAUGGAGCCUGUCAAUUUACCCAGAUGGGAACGAAAAAGAGGGUGGUAAAGAUCAUGUUUCUAUUGAUCUGGUGCUCGUGGACACAAGCUCGUUGCCUCUUGAUUGGGAGAUCAAUGCCGUUGUAAACUUUUCUGCAUAUAAUUUUAUUCACGAUGAAUACUAUGUAACUCAAGAAACAGAUGUAAGGCGUUUCCAUGUGCUGAAAACUGAGUGGGGUGUCGCAAAAUUCAUUGACAGAAGCACAUUUUAUGACUCUUCAAACGGAUAUCUGAUGGACGAUACAUGCGUGUUUGGAGUCGAGGUUUUCAUUGUGAAGAGCACCAACAGAGGCGAUUGUUUAUCAAUGUUUCAAGGACCUGUCCGCUGUUCUUAUACUUGGAAAUUUAGUAACUUUUCCAAAUCAACAUUAGACAAGUACGAGUCUGCAACAUUUGUCGGGGGAAACUACAAAUGGAAGCUGCGUUUAUACCCGAAUGGAAUGGGGGAGGGAAAGGGCAACAGUGUAUCAUUAUUUUUAGUGUUGGAUGUCUCAACUCUACCGGCCAACACUAAACUCGUUGUGGAGUACAUCCUCCGUGCUAAGAACCAGAAUAGUGAUGAUAGUCAUCAUCUUCAAUCCAAAGGUUGUCGUAAGUUCUCCGAUUCAGGGUGGGGUUCCAGACAACUCGUGGCCUUAGCUAAACUUCAAGAUCCAAAUUCUGGGUUUUUGGUGGACGAUACUUGCGUCUUUGAAACUGAAUUUACGAUUCUUGGAGAAAUAAAGGCCCGAACUGAUUGAUUCAUGUGUAUAAAAAAAAUUCCAGAACCCCUCUGGUUCAUGGCAAUAGAACAUCUAAUAAGAUACAAAAACUGAACUUUGCUCAUGUAUAGAUGCAGCAAUGAAUUGUUUAGUGAACCAUUUUCAAUGAAUGUUCUGUGGAUCU